AUGGCUAAUAAUAAUAAAAAAAAGAACAUUACAACAACAACAACAAUAGCUUUGACUAAAAGAAAUAAUAAUAAUAAAAAUGACAACAACAAAGCAGCAGUACAAAAAGCAGAUUUAAUAACAAGAGUACAACAAGUCAUAGAACAUAUAUCAUCAAAUGCAGAUUUAUUUUUAGAUGGUCCCAAUGCAAUCAAAGAAAAGAUAACAAGUACAUUGGCAGAAUUGUAUGAAUAUUCAAAAAAGAGAGAACUACAAACAACCGACUCGUUGGAACAAUUGGUAUUGGAGGGUUUUGAUAACGAGCAAAUAUGGUCUCAAUUACAACUCUUUACAGAACCAUCAAUAGAUUCUCUCUCUAGAAAGUUAUCAAAAAUGUUAAAGGAUUUGGAUGAAAUCUUUUUGUAUGACAUUCAAGAUGAUGAGGAAGAACAAGACGAUUCAUAUGAUGAAGAUUUAUCAGGAAGCUUGGAGGAUCAGGAUAUAGACGAUGAAGGAAUAGAACAAGAUGAUGAUGAUGACGAGUUUGAUGAAGAAGAGGACGAAGAAGAAGAAGAAGAAGAAGACUCACAAGUGAACAAGAAAUCAAUUAAAAAAGGAGGAUAUAGAGAAAAAUUAAUGGAUGGACAAGACAUUGAUUUCUUUAAAGAACAAGACAUGGAGAAAUUCUUGGACGACGAAGAUGACAAGGGAGAGGAUGACGAUGAUGAAAACUUUGAUUUAGAGUUGGGUAAUCUGGACAGUGAUGCCGAUGAAGAAGACGAAGGUGGACUUGGUUUCCCGGAAGGUGAAAUGGACGAGGAAGAGAGAAGACUCGAGGCAUUACUUGACAAAUACGACGAGAAUGAAAAGAAAGACAAGAAUGCAAAGAAGAAAGUAGGUGCCCAAGAUAUGAAAUUUGAUGAUUUUUUUGCCGAUCCAGAUGCUCAAGAUGGAGAUGAAUUCCCAAUUGAUGGACAAGAUGAUUACAAUGAAGAUGAAGAUGAAGAGGAGGACCAAGAAGAAGAGGAAGAAGAAGAAGAGGAGGAACAAAUUCAAGAACAACCAACUGCAUCACAACAAGAGUUAACUGCAUUCCAAAAAAGAGCUCUUAAAAUCCAAGAGAAAAUUGCACAAUUGGAAAAGGAUAACAUUUUGAAAAAGAAAUGGACAGUUAUUGGUGAAGCAUCUGCAAGAGAUCGUCCAGUCAAUUCUGUGCUCGAAGAAGCUUUAGAUUUUGAUCAUACACAAAAACUUGCUCCAGUUCAAUCACAAGAGACCAACACAACAUUGGAAGAUAUCAUUAAAAAGAGAAUUUUAGAUCAAAACUUUGAUGAUGUUAUCAGAAAGACAGAAGAAGAUGUAGAUAAACAAUAUAAAGAAAAAUUGGAACUCAAUGACCAAAAGAACACUGAAGGUUUGGCAUCUGUUUAUGAAAAAUCGUUUUUGGAAAAGAGUAUGGGAGUAGAGGUUGAUAGUAAAUUAAAAUAUCAACAUGAUGUUAUUUUAACAAAGUUACAACAUUUAAUGUAUAAAUUGAGUGCACUCUCAAAUUUCAACUUUACACCAAAAAAGGUAAAGGACUUAAAGAUUACCAAUCAACCAGGCAAAGCUCUCGCUGUUGAAGAAAAGAUUCCAUCUGCUGCCAGUUCUGCUUCUCUUGUUGCUCCUUCAGAGGUAUACUUUAAAAAGAAUGCCGAUGAAAAGGGUGACACUGAAAAGAGCAAACAGGAUCGUAAACAAGAGCGUAAAGAGUACAAAAAUAAGUGGCGCCACGAUCGUAUUGAAAAGGAACAAGAUGAACAUUACAGAGAAAAGUUGGAUCCAGCCCUCGCAAAGGCCAAUGAAGAAAAGAGAUCAAUCAAGAAACUCGAACAAUCUAGAAAUACUACUAUUGUCGAUUCUUCCAAAUCUCACGAGAAAUAUGCAAAGUCUGGCCAAUUCUUUAGUAAAUUACAACAAGAAAAUGAUAACAAGAGAAAAGGUAUCGAACCACCAACAUUACAAACCAAACAAAAAACUAAUGGUGCUGAUCAUCAAUCAAAGAAAUUUAAAUUAUAA